CUUAAAACCAUCCUCUUCACACACACAUGCUUAUUUCAUAUUAAGACUUUCAAGAAAUGGGGAGCUUCUUCAUCUUACUUUGCUUCUUCUUAUUCUUCUUCUUCAACGGAGAAUUCACAGCUGCAAGCAAGUUUUGGAGCAGGAUUGAGAUGGCUGAGAUGAAUGGCUACGGGGAACACAAACUCUCCUCUGUGGUCAUCACCGGUUCUCUUCUCUGCCACACCCCUGUUUCAGGUGCAACUGUUGCCAUCAAGUGCCACACUGGUUUCAAAAAGAGAUCAAACUGGAUAAAAGCUGUUACUGAUGACUUUGGAGAAUUUGCCAUCCAUCUUCCUUCUCACCUUCACGCGAUUCCUCACUUAGAAAAGGCAUGUUUCGUGAAACCAAUACAUGUUCCUAAGCACUACCGUAGAUGCUACAAGACUUUUUCCAAAUCCAAUACUCACAAAGGCAUCAAGCUCGUCUCGUCCAGAAAUGGCUUCCGUGUCUACACCUCAGGAACGAUCAGGUUACAUGGAUACAGUUCAAGAUCAUCCCAAGCUCGUAAAGCCGACAUGUAAAAAAAAAAACAUCAGAUAGCUUGUGAAACAAGCAUGUGUUACAUUUUCAUUGUCCUCACUUGUUUAGCUGGCGCGUAAGUCACAAAACUAAGUUUGAGUCUCUCUACAUUGUUAAUCAUAUUCACUCACACAAACAUAAAACCUAUAUUCCAUACUUUUCCAUACGAAUUAAAGAGACGUACACGAGUUGAGGUUACAGCCAAGUUAAUAUGUAGUUUUACUAGUCAAAUCCAAGGUCGACGUGAUGUACACGAAGUACGCAUGAUUUCGUUUA